AUGCUAAAAACUGAUGAUGGCGUUGAACUUUACAAGGACGACGAAAAGGCUGAGCAUCUGUCCAGGUUCUUUCAGUCGGUCUUUACGAGAGAAGUCGCUGUACCCACUGAUCACUGUAAUGUGGACACUGUCCCGACAAUUGACUCAGUGGUUCUCACAAAACCUAUUGUUCAACAGGAAUUACUGAAGCUAAAAGAAGGGACCUCGCCCCGUCCUGACGAAAUACCGGCAAAGUUGUUGAAGGAAUUAGCCACAGAAUUGGCAGAACCUCUGAGCGUCCUCUUCCAAGCCUCUGUUGAUGCAGGCAGACUGCCUCCUGAGUGGAAGACCGCGUGGAUUUCAUAA